AUGUCUUUACCCCCUGAACAGAUUAGUAUCAAACGCCGCCGAGAGGAAGAGCCGGUAGACACAUUAUAUAUCCAAUCUGAACUGCAUCAGACCAAACGUCGUUUUACAGACUUUGUUUUCCAGCGAGUCACGGUCAAUGCUAAGACUGCUCCCGGAAAUGCUAAUACUGCUCUUGCGCCUACGCAAAGAGUCGUUCGAAGCCCUCGCUCUGUGAGCGGUCUGCAUCAGCAGACUGCAAUAGCGAGCGGGGUUUCCGUACCUAUGGUAAGGGCGACAUCACCAGGAGCCGAGCUUCGCGAGCAAAAGAGAAUCGCGGCUGCCCGGCAGCUGGCAGAGGACAAGCUGAAAAAUGCUCUGCAAUCCUCUCCGGACCCGCAAACAUCAGAGACCACUCUACCGCAGAAAAUCGUGGCAGCACCCCCAGCAUUGACCGUGACUGCUUCAGAUGAGCCAGUCACGGUCAAUGCUGGGGGAGCGUCGUCUAUACGUCGUUUCCAGAUUUCAAAAAGUGGCACGCCUAUGAGCCCGCUACGCAGUACAGGCGGGGGUGUCCAGAAACGCAGAGCGGACGGUGCUGUGGCAGUACUGGUAGAAAAGCUGCGGCGCGAGCCUCACUCCAGACGGGCCUCGUUGGUUGCAGAUGCAGCCGCUCGAGCGGAUGGUGCCGCUCCUCACCCACAGAACACCCACCGUCCGCGGAAGCGACCAGUGGUCAAUCAAGCAGAGAAAAAAUGGCGAGCGGAGCGGCAGGGGGCGAUUACUGCUGCUAAAGAUCAUAUCUCUCAAGUUCUCGAAAAGGGAGCGCAGUCACGCCAGAGCAAUUGGGAAGAGGAAUCGGACCGACUGGCACGUCAGUUUGAGCAGAUUGCAUUGGAGCUAGAUGCCCAAACACACUCCAAACAGGCCCCGGGUGAGGCUCGCGCCGCAGCUCGUCCGGCAGGGCCCAAGCCUCCGCUCAAAUACCAGCCGCGGACUCCUAACAAGCAUCGCCCUCAUCCUAAUUGGGUGCCAAAGCACGAAGACGGCAGUGAAAGUGAAGAUGAUUAUGUUUACGACACGUACAUCCGUCAUCCGCUCCCGGACAAAGGACUUAUAGACCCGCUAGUAGAUAUCGAUUCGGACCAUGAAGCAUGGUUACGGCACCAUGGAAUCGAUAGCAGCCGCCAAGAUGUUGGAGUUAUUGUCAUUACGCCAGAGGAUGAGGUAUACUGGGAGGACUUUGCAGAAGAGGAUGACGAUGAAGAUAGGUGGGAUAGCGAAGACGGGGACUCCAACGCUGAAAAUAAUCCUGCAAAUGACUAUCCGGACGAGGAGCUAUCUUGGGACGAUGAAGAAGAUGAUGCGGCAGCGAUCUACAGGAAAUACCGACAUGGGUCCGAUGACGAGGAAUUCGACUUUGAUUCCGGCAGCGACGCCUACCUUGAUUGUGGGACGUACGGACGGUCGCACUUGGAGUCUGACGAGGAGUGGUAG